UAUGGUGAUAUGAGAUUGAGGCCAUCAAAGUUGUAUUGGCGUUUCAAAACUCUAUAGGCCAUUUGGAAUUCUAAUUUAGAAUGGUAGACGCAUAAACAAACAUUCUAAACUAAAGGAUGUACAGAUCUGGUUGAGUAAUAACAAUCUGUGAUUUUUCUAUCUUUUUUUAGAAGAUUUGGCCUCUGAAAACGACUGUUUAUUUUGCUAAGAGAAGAACAGUUUACUUGUUUGCGAAAAAUUUAAUCUCGGUCGCUGUUUACGUCGUGUUCCCUUUGACAAAGGCGUACAAUUUUCUAAAAUUAGAGUGUCGCGUGCCGUUGUUCUAAUCAAGCGUUUAGAUAUUUCCUCUUCAGUCGUUAUUGUUUACAAAAGUUCAUUUGUAUCGAAAAGCCAAUCCCUCACAUGCAUGAUCAAUGAUCAAGCGUUCCAAUUACAUUGGAAUCAAGAACAAUAGGAGACAAGUCAAAAACUCAACAGCUUUAGUAUAUUGCAUCAGCUUUUUUAGUAGGUCUUCCGGCAAAGGGCUAAAAACGAUAUAGAAACCUCCCAUAGUUUAAUUUACAAUCUCGUGACAAGUACAAAAGCACGUACGCAUUUUUUUCCUGACCGGGGUCAAAAUUCGCGUGUCGCGGGCGUGACACGAAUAAUAAUUACCAGCCAUGCCACAAUUACUUUUUUAAAAGACCAAACAUUUUAUACAUACAUAUAUUUUUUUUGAAAGGGAAAGAAGUUGGUCUCCAGCUCCUGGCAUUAACACAAAUUUGAAUAGAAAUAAUAUUUUCCUAACACUGGUUCCAAAAAUAAUUGACGUAAUGUUUUUGCCCCAGAAUCCCUCCACCUCCCCGCCAGCCGACCCUCCUUCCACGGCUGUCUCGCGUGACAGUAAUGUGAUGGUUACAUGCGGACCCAAGGACAGACCUGGGUAUACAUUUACCGGAGAAGCUUUCCGGAAGAUCUUGACGAACCCGGAUUUAAACAAAAUGGCGGAUCAAGUGGAACCCACGAUCGGCCCUUUGAUCAACGAGAAACAAUUAAAACAACUGAUGGAAGAUGUCCGUGGAAGCGACGAUGGGAACUGCUUUCUGUCAAUGGGAGGAGGGGAAGAUUCCCAGGACCUCAGUUUUGGGGUACAGAGUGACAUGAGAGGUUAUGGACCGCAGUACCAUUACAUCUCAAGCUCACAGGCAGUCCAUGACCUGCCGACAUCCAGCAGCCCCCAGCCCCCUGCCUACCCCCACAACAUCCCGUACUCCCCCGGCCCUGUCGCAGGUCAUAGGAGCUCCUCCACAUGCAUCUCUCCUAUCAGCACCACACCUUAUGAAACUUGCAGCAACUACAGCGAGGCCUCAACUUCAGGACCAUCAACCCCUCCUCCUGGCCUGACGUCAUCAUACAUGCCUAUCCACGCUCGUCUACCAACAAUUCCAAGUACCACAGAAUAUCCUGGAAAUUGGAACUUCCAGAUCUCUUUUGGCCCUCUCACCGAGUCAGCUUCCAAGUCUGCCACCUGGACGUACUCUGAUGUGUGCAAGAAACUGUACGUCAAUCUGGCCAGUUUCUGCCCAAUCAAGUUCAAGACGAACUCGCCACCACCCCCGGGAACGUACUUGAGAGCAGUUGCUGUUUUCAAAGGUUCCACCAACUUGCACGACAUUGUCAAACGCUGUCCUAACCACAUGGAGAGCUCAAAUGAUGGCUCUGCCCCAAAUAACCACUUCAUUCGGAGCAACAACCCGGCAGCCCGCUACCAUACGUGCCCAGAAUCAUCUCGGCACUCAGUCCUUCUUCCCUACAAUGGACCACAAGUUGGUACUGAGUACGUCACGGAGAUGUUUGCCUUCAUGUGCUUUUCAAGCUGUGCGUCAGGUCCUAGCCGACGACCAGUUGAGGUGAUUUUCACUUUGGAGCAAAAUGGGCAGACCCUGGGUAGAAGAGUGGUGGAGAUAAGGGUGUGUGCCUGUCCUGGAAGAGACAGGAAAUCUGAUGAGAAGGUUGCUUGCGGAGAACCAAGUUCAUCCCAAGGAGUGAGGCGCACAAGGAAAGGAUCUGGGAAUAAGGGACCCUCAUCUAAAAGAAGACGCACUAGCUCAAGAUCCCAGGACGAGGAGUUUAUUAUCACUACCAAAAACCGCCAUGUGUAUGAUAUUUUGCUGGAGAUGAAAGAUUCCCUGGAGGGAAAAUUUGAAAGCCUCAACAUUCAGAGUCCUGAACAUUCUCUGGUCUUGAGCACGUCGGAAGAUGAGGCCGACCAGCCUUCUACAUCUGGAAGUCCAGGAGCAGUUUUCAAGAGAGUGGGGCUAUCCUCGAUGUAGACAGGCCGAAGAUAUUGGGAACCAUUGGGAGCUAUGAAGUGUGCGUAACCAGGCGUUCUAAGAUGGUAGCGCAGUGUCCAACCGUUUGUGUGUGGAGUGUUUUAUUCGCGUAAUUAUCCGUUUAGUACAAGAUACAUGUUUAGUACAAGGUCGCAUGCGACCUUGAAAAGGUGAUCUAUCAGUCUCUGGUUUUACAGAGCAGCUUCCCGAAAAAUUUGCUCCACGCUGUGUGUGGAAAAAAAAGCAAUUAUCAGCAGUGAUUUUAGCUGUGUUAAUUUAUCGCAAUGCUUUGUUAUACGAAGCCAUAAUUUCCACUCGCUAUAUUGCGCAGUUAUUGUGCGUGCUAUCUCAUCUUAAUUACGCAACCACGGUUUGGUUUUACAGAUUGUGGUGUAUUCAUUGAAUCAUAACCUAAAUCAUAAAGUGAGUUUUUUUAUGCGAGUUUAUAAAAUGAAGCAUUUCCGAACAUUACUGUAAGUUGUAUGUUUUUAUGCCGGUUUUGUAACAUGGUUUCAAUGUUUAAUUUGUAAUGCUUUUGCGCUUUUGUGUUGUACAUAGGAUAAAAAAUGCCUUGCACUUCUCCAGCCUAAGAUGGCGACCUAAACUAGUUGAAAGGAAUUACAGCUUUAUGUGAGUUUCGCCGUGUUAUUAUGCGAAGCAAAAAGACGAUUUCGUUUCUCACACAAAAUACAGAGGUACCUUAGCCUGGAUUGACUAAACUGGGUUCUGCCCCCAUUUCUUCGUAGUUAAGCUUAGUUCACGCAAUCAGUACGCCAUUUUGAGUACUUUAGUUGUUUGCCUCUGAAAGGUCGCCGUCUUGAGGAGAAACAUGUUUUGCUUUAGCUAUUUGUACGUUUGAGAUUAUUUUGUAAGCAGGAAGGUGUUGUGCAGAGCUGGCUCUUUUUAAUAAGAAACCAAUUUCGUUUUUCAUGCUUUUCAGUUUUAGAACCGUAAGUUUCUAAAUCUCAAUUCUUUUACACUCAAAGUCGAAACAAGUCAGUUGUUAAUCAGAUUCCUUCCUUUUACGUCUGCGAGGGAAACCCUAAAGCUAUUGAGCAGUACUUUCAUGUGGUACUAUUUAUAAUGCUGUACACGUUGGUUCUAACUUUUAAGUACAGUCUGAACGAAACCAUAGUGUGUGACCAUUCAAAUGAAAGCUAUUGAGCAGUACUUCCAUACUGUUUAUUAUGCUUGAAUAUUUUUUUUUUCAGUUUCGACUCUGAAAAUUAAAAGGAUUAAAACCAUUAGCCAGUGAUAGGAAAUGCUAUGUUUUUAUUGAUCCUACAACGAACCCUGAGAGAACAAGAGAAAAGCACGUCUGUUUCAAUUUUUCGUUCAUGAAACAAAAUAGCAUCCCGUCUGUUUGUUGUACAUCGCACGCGUUUGUUGAUACACGAUGCAAACAAAGUUCAUGUAACGUCGAGCAUUUCAUGUUCAAUUCACGUUGUCUCAGUGUUUUUUUCCUCGAGGGUUUCGUAGGAUAACCUCGCAUUGUAUAUUUUCCCCUAGCGCGGUCUAACGUUCUAGUGGGUGCGAAAUUAUUUGAAAUCAAAGAAACUUGCUUAUAUAAAUCAUUUUCAGAGCAUGCAAGGGCCUGUUUCCUUCUGCUGUAUUAUUUCAUAGAGAAAAUUCAUUAAAAUCAAAAGAGAAAAGAUA